AUGAUCAGACUCUGUCGAAAUGCGAUUCUGCUAUGGGCAGUUGGUAGCGCUACCGCCGCUGUUGUCUAUCCAGCUGAUUGUACCCCUACGGCUAUUAUCGAGGUGCAGCCAUACAAGAUAAUUUGCUCUGGGGCCACUACAGUGUCUACAAGAACUCGGUUCGUUUAUCUGCGAGACAACGCCGCCUGGCAGCGUCACCACUGUGCUGGGAACCUGCACGGAAAUCACGUCGUGCCCGCCCGUGACGGUCACCCCGCCGGCGGACUGCGUCCAUCUGUGUACCACCACGGUGACGACCUUUCCGCCGCCGUCAACCUUCCCGCCGCCGGAUGUGACGACCACGGUGCCAGGAACCUGUACGGCGGCUACGUUAUGCCCGCCUGUCACGGUCACCCCUCCGGCUAA